AUGAUUGUAUGGGUUCAUCUCCCUGAGCUGAAAAUCCAUUUUUACCACAAGGAGGUGUUGACGACUUUGGGUAACCUGAUCGGACGCACAAUCAAGCUCGAUUAUCACACUCUCACCCAGCAGAGGGCAAAAUUUGCCCGAUUGGCAGUGGAAGUUGAUCUGUCUAGGCCCCUCGUUCCAAGAAUCUGGCUCGACGAUGAUUGGCAGCCCGUUGAGUAUGAAAAUCUACCUGCAGUGUGUUUCGAGUGCGGUAAGAUUGGCCAUUCGUCGACGUCCUGCCCCCUGCUCCGGCCAGCGGCUGUUCCGAAGGCUUCUGAUUUCGUAGUCGGCGGCGCCCAAACCCUUUCGCCGGAGGAGUCAUCGGAAGCUAACGCGGGUUUCGGCCCGUGGAUGCUAGUUACGCGGAAAGGACGGCGGAAUCAGAGGGAAUCGAACGGUAAAGGAAAGGAAAAAGAUUUGGGAGGCUCCGUUAAAGCAAAGGAGAAAGAUCUGGGGAGCCUCCAUCAUGGGACCGUGGACAAAAAUAGCAAGAGUGCUCUGAGAAUUAGGGAGCCGGAAGAUUCCAUUUCGGGGGAGGCGCAGCAGCUCUCGAUUCGCCCGCAACGGUCGCCGGUUCAAGAUAGAAAAGGUAAUGGGGGGAAGCGAGUUGGGGAAGAAAGAAGGAAUGGCAAGGAGAUUUUGAUCGAGGAAGGACCUUCUGUUGGGAAAGGCCUGUUGGGCCCUGGCCCAAUAAAGGGAGUCACCACAAAGAAAAGCCAGCCCACCUCAGAGGGCUCUAUGGCCUCGACGUCCAGCCCGAAAAGCCUGACUACCCACGGUUUGAUCAAUAGGCCGAGCGAGGUGCCUCCAUCUGGAUCGCGUGCACAGGGCAGCCCAAAGGCUCCGGCCCUCACCCCUCCACCCACGUCGGUCUCUACAGGGCCCAAUGGAACAGUUCUGCAAGUGAUACAAAUCUCCUCCCAAAACGAGGAGCAGCUGCGCCGUGCCGAUCAUCCUUCUCCGUCAACGGCCAACAGAACCAAAGGGAAGAAGAGUUCCAAGGGGCGGUCGAAGAAGGGGUCGCCAGCGAAGCUAAAUCCGGUCCGCCCCCUUCAGAUUUGGUCUCCGAUGAAGGAUAGAAAAACAAAGUCGAAAUCGAGGAUGGCAUCUCUCACCUUGCAAGAAAUCAAUGCUUGGACAGAGGCGGCACAAUCGGCGACGAAUUUUCCGAUGGCCAAGGGCUCGAGCGGUGUCCCUCCUCCCCCCUCGAGCCACGGUGAUUCGAUGAGCGAUCCGCCCACCUCAGCGACCUUGGCUAGCGGCCCUGCCUGA